UUGAUGUUACUUGCAUGGUCGUAUCGUUUGGAAAAUGAAGACGAUGAAAUGCGACGUCCACCGCCAAAAUAUUCAAGUUGUGUUCGUGGUGUUUACAGUAAAGAGAAUAUCAACUACUUACCUACUUAUGAGGAAGCGCUGAAAAAUAUACAACUGAAAAAACAACAUUACUGUAAGUUUAUGCCAUAUUUUAUUGUCAGCUUUGCCAGCAGACUCGCUCAGAUAUCCCGAUCUGAUUAG